UAGCAGGAAUGAUUUGUAUAUCAGGUCUGAUUCUCCUGUUCAAUGGCAUUGUUUUGCUCCCAGUGACUGUCGGCUCUUCAAACACUUUAAUAUUGGUGGCAGAACCUGGUGAUGAUGUCACAAUUUGGUACCAGUGUGAACAAACCAGAGCAACUUACGUAUAUUGGUUUAAGCACACAGACAGUUCUGUGCCACAUCGUGUUGCAUGCCAGUUGUAUACAAAAUCUUCCAAAUCAAUGCCUUGUUCUUUUUUUAAACAAAGUAACCAAAUGGGGAUGUCUGUAAACUCCCAGAACACGUCUCUUACAAUAACUGCAGUUAAUUACACUGAUUCAGGACUGUAUUACUGUGGCAUUCAGUGGAGCAACCUCAUUUCCUUCAGCAACGCAACAUAUUUACAUGUGACAGAGCAAAAUGAAAGACUAUUCAAGAGCACUGAAGAAGAUGUCUACUUCAUGCUGACGGUGGUGUUUGGUGGUGUGAUUGUGAUUCUCAUCAGUGUUCUUCUAGUCAUGUUGAAGAGGAGAGAACGAUACCAAGACGAAACUGACUGCAAAGUACAACAAGAGAAAGAGGAGCAAGAUUCUAAAUAUGCUGCUCUACAGUUUUCUGAUAAGAAAAUCAAGAAAUCAGGGAGACACACUGAAGUGGUGGACACUAAGGUUGUAUAUUCUUCAGUAAGACACUAGCAGUGUACUGUGAUAGAACAAAGUUAUACAUCAUUCCUUCAUUGUUUAGAACAGCUUUACAUAGUUAAUUAUUUAAACCAACAAUAGCCAUAAGUGGCAAUGAUCUCUGCCAUAUUUUUAAUAUCUGUAAUCUCUAGUUUUGACAAACACAACCAGAGAAAAGCGUUCGUGUCAUCAAACACAAAAGCAUCAGAGACUAUUUGAAGGUCUGCAUUUGAGCAGUUAAUGUGAUGUAUCACAAACUGGAUUCAUUCGGAAGGUUAAUGUGACCAGUGCAAGAAUGGAGAGUUUGUUACUUAUAUUCAUGGUAAUUUGCUGUUCAUA